UCUCACGAGCUUCCUAACCAAUACAGCGUAUCAACCUCACAGAACAGGAGAUGAGGAGCAGCGGACAUGGUUUAAAUUUACAAUGAUGGAUAUUCAGGAUACUUGACAGCAGCCACACAUACAACUCUAGCACGACCCCUCAGAUGUCUCGCCGACGCAGAGCGAAUCUCAACCCCCCAAAAAUGCACGCUCACAUAACAUGACGUUGCGGGACAUACACAGCAUACAGUGAUGGCUGGAAUUUUUUUUUGUUCAACCGGAUGAGCAGACCCUUCAAACAUUCCGAGUAUGUUGGGCUUUCUAUGAUAUCAAAGACGCAACUUCUGCGCUGAGGUCAACGAUGGAAUAGUGGCAACGCCUAUCACCUUGCUUGCUCAACAGGACGCCAGCGCAAGGAGCAACAGGGCUGUUCGAAAUGGCCAAAUUGUAAAGCAUGUCUACGUUUAAUUUGUUGGAUAUCACGGGAGGGUCAGUGAUCCAAACGCUAGCAACAGGCAGCGACAAGCGGCAGGACAUCCAACGCCUGAUGCUGAUGGUAGGUCACGCCACAGCGUUGAUGCACAAUGCUGCAAGUACUGAAAGUACGACGGUGUUUGUUACGAGGUAUCAGGAAGAUGUAGUAAUCUAUCUUCUGGGAGGAAUACGUAUAUAGCAUUCGAGGCGGCUUGUUGCUGCGACGGCUACCACUCUUCCAUAGUGGAGGGGCGGUUGAGCUGUCCAUGGUCUGACUAACACAGGAUUAUGUGCACUGGCUCUGAUUGGACACUGGCAUCUACUCUUAGAUGCUCGAGAUUCUUCCACGAGAUUUUUAUUAUCUCGACUCAGGAACUUUGGCGACGGGAGCGCCGGCGGCGUUCCCAAGGCACACAGGACCUUUGUGGUGUUAUGAUGGCCAGCGUUGGCGUCCUAGCCGUUUGAGCAGGAGGACAAGAGUUUCUCGCCUUCUGGAAAGGGGGGAAAAAGAGCCACCGAAUAAAAUUACUUGGUGGUUUAUUUUUAACCUUUUGUGGGAUUUAGGGGAGAGCUGCUCUUCACGCUGGCGCUUGGUUGGCUGCGCGGGGAUGCAGGCUGCCUGCGGAGCGCUCAGCGCCCGGCUAAGGUGCGGGUUGCAUCCAGUGUUUGGCGUGACUGGUGCCGAAACUUCAGAGCCCGCCAGCACCAUCCUCCGUCACCAACGACUUCCUCCGCGCUUAGCCACCUCUCGACCACCUGAUUAAUUGCGGCGUUCGGUUCUGUCACCAUGGCUGACAGGUCAGAAAGCAGUGAUCGUGUGGGCGGCGCUAAUUCCAAUAAUGUAUUGACAUCGUCAGGGCGUCCCAGAUCUCCCGCACGCUAUUCAGACCGCAGCCCCGAAUACAGAACCAAUCAUCGCAACCCUUCCCAGCCCUCUUCGUCUAACCAUCGCCGUAAAUCACGCGAACGACAUCAUCACGACAGCCACAAAGGCCCCAUGGAUGUGCCAAGCGGACCAGGACAGCCCCUUGAUCUUAUCCCACGAUUCCGUGAACAACAGGCUCGAGAGUCCGAGGCAGAACAUCGCUCGUCGUCUCGACGUAGCCGUAGUCGUGAGCGUGAAAGACAUGGAACUCCUUCAUCUUAUAAACGCCACCGCAGCCGGUCCUAUUCCCCGUCAUCGCAUAGGAAGCGAUCGCGCCGGGAUCGCAGCUCAUCGAGACACAACCGUGACAGAGUGCCAAAUUCUGCCUCCAAACAUCGCCGGCCACGCUCGCCUCAUCAUGGCGAUUCUUCUUCGCACCGCCAUGGUCGCUCAUAUAAAUCUUCCGGAAGAUCUGACCGACCGCGCUCCAGAUCCAGAUCCCGAUAUCAGAAAGACUCGAAUCGAUCCCCGCACGACUCUUCACGCCGGCCGCGGCGUGAUUCGGAAGAUACAACGCACUCUCGACGUGAGAGACGGAGCCAUAGUCGUUCACGGUCACCUGAAAGGGGGCUAGAGAAUACAGGCGGACGUCAUUCUCGUAACCGGUCGGACAGAGGGUACUCUCAACCAAAGCACGAUGACGGUGCCCCGAGAGCCACCUCAAAGUCUGAUGUGGAUGACGACAGGGCCUCUAGAGAUAGCCAACAUCGUUCGCGCGGUGCUUCGCCAUCCUCCGGACAAGGGAUGUUGCAUCCUAGCCGGAACAAUCAGAAGCCAGGCACCCACUACGAUGAUGAGAACAAAGAGCAUUCAAAUGGUAAUUCUCUCGGACCCCCUUCCCCGUCAAAACAAACGCCUAGUUCGAAUAGAAAUGAGUCGCGUGGAGGUUUCCGAGGCGUUCCCAUCUCAUCUCGUGGAGCAUAUCGCGAUGGAGGACAUUUUAAUAGCCAGAGGCAGUCGCCCUCUAGAGGGUCUGGUGCUCCUGGAGAGCCCAUGGACUUGGACAACCGCCCGCCGGCCACACCAAAGCCUGAUCCCCCGAAGAAUGCACCAUCCGGACCAGCCAGUUCUAAAUUUAGCUUCGCUUUCAAGGCCACAUCCAAGCCAACUGGAACACCACCAAAACCAGAGAUUUCGCAAAGGUUCAAUGCUUUACCGCAGCGACGGGACGACCAGUUCAAUCAGAGACCGCCGCGCGAUGCACCCACACAACCGGCAUCACACAAACAAGAUCACACAAGACCGCCUGAAGGACCGAGAAUGGCGCCUAGGAUGCGCAAAGUGAAAAAGAUUAUGAAAAAGCUCAAGCCACGUCCAACACUCCCGGUAGAGCUUGUCAAUGCAAAUUCAGUAUUUCACAGAAAACCCGGUAACGAAUCUGUUGUUGGUUCCGGUACAUAUGGCAAAGUCUUCAAAGCUCUUAACGUUUACACAAAGGAUCAAGUUGCUCUGAAACGCAUUCGAAUGGAAGGUGAAAAGGACGGGUUUCCAGUUACAGCCAUUCGCGAGAUCAAGUUGCUGCAAUCUCUUCGACACGUCAACAUUGUCAACCUUCAAGAAGUCAUGGUUGAGAAGAAUGAUUGUUUCAUGGUCUUUGAAUAUCUAUCCCACGAUCUUACAGGUAUCCUCAAUCACCCAUCCUUCAAGCUGGAAGCACCACAGAAAAAGGACUUAGCUAGGCAGCUCUUUGAAGGCCUAGACUAUCUCCAUGUACGUGGUGUUCUGCACCGCGACAUUAAAGCGGCCAACAUCCUCGUCAGUAAGGAUGGUAUUCUCAAGAUUGCCGAUUUCGGUCUCGCUCGAUUUUACGCCAAACGCCACCAACUGGAGUACACCAACCGAGUCAUUACGAUCUGGUAUCGCUCACCCGAGCUUCUCCUCGGUGAGACCAAGUAUACUGCUGCCGUUGACGUAUGGAGCGCAGCCUGUGUCAUGAUGGAAAUCUUUACUGGCAGCGCCACAUUUCCCGGUGACGGAACAGAACUCAGUCAGCUAGACAAAAUCUACAGUAUCCUCGGCACGCCUAACCGUCACGAGUGGCCUGGCCUAGUAGACCUCGCUUGGUUCGAACUACUACGACCGACGGUAAAGAAGAAAAGCAUCUUCACGGAAAAGUUCAAGGCGCUUCUAACACCAGCUGCUUUUGAGCUAAUGGAAACCAUGUUCCACUAUGAUCCGGAGAAGCGCCCUUCAGCUGGGCAGAUAUUGCAGCAUGCAUACUUUACGACUGAGGAACCUGUAGCAAAACCGGCCGUUGAGUUAGCGACAAUUGGCGAGUGGCAUGAAUUUGAAUCCAAGGCGCUGCGCAAAGAAAAAGAGCGUAGGGAGCGUGAUGCAGCUCGAAAAGCCGCGGCCGCAGCAAAGAAUGGUGCGCCUAAUGUUGAGAAAAACGUUGCCCUUGGUGCAGCAGGCCAAGAGGCGAAAUUGGUGCCGAAGGAUACAGUUGCACAUGUAUAGACAAAGGGGUGUAAUUCUGGAAUGGACUUCUAUGGGAGGUGUUUGGCGUGGGGAAAGGAAAAUUCAGCUCAUCCAGUUUUUGAUGGCUGCGGCACCCUUUGUUUUAAUGCUCGUACAUAAGGCAGCAGUAGUAGCAGUAGCAUCGUUUCGUGCUGAUUAACGGGAUAUUGUAUGAAUAUAAUCUCUCCAAAUACAGCGGUACGUCACAUUGCAAAUCAAACUCGUGUUUCUUGGUUCGUACAAGUAGAGGCAUGGUUAAGCCAAGCCAUCGUGGGGGUAUCUAUCAAUGUCUUAUUCAUACAAGGUGGCGCCAAUGCCACCGUUCAAUCCGUCCUGUAAUAUCCACCUAUAACCUUCCCUACUCGGCUAACUUAUUCUUACUGUCGGAGCUUUUAAGAAGGUCUCGAAGAGAAAGCUCUGCCUUGCCCAGACCAUCGGGCUCCGAAGAGGUCCAUGGUAUCCAUCCUGUUAGUGAGGACAGUAGUCCAGGCGCGGCGGCUCCAUUCGUAGACGCAAACCCAUCUGUUUGUGUAUGUUGCUGAAGUAGUAGGUCCUUGAAAACGUCUGAUCUGGGGAGGCCCGUAAUGGGAGUUUCGCGCUCAGCUGGUCGCUUGCUGGGGGAUGUAGUGAUUUCCAGGAGACUUGUUGACGGCUGUGGGAUAGCAGGUUCACCAACGGGGACUACACUCGCUUUCCUGCUUUCAUCUUGGGGGGCUGGCUUCGCUCCCUCCAGCAGUGCCAAAGUUGUAGACGAUCUCCUUGCCAAGGUAUUACGAUCGUUGGCGUAGACCUCUUCACCUGACGCUUGUGCAUCGGGUGUUCCUGGUGCUGAUGGAUGUGAUACGGAAGCAGAAUCGGAGCGUUUUCUAGCCGCUCUGCCUUGUACUUCCUCUGACAACUCAGCCGCUGACCUUUUAGCUGACUUGUCCUCCUCCGAAGAUCGACUCGUCGACAUGAUAGUCUCGAGCGUUCCCAUGGCCUGGCUAUUUCUUUUUGUGGCUCGUAUCCUUCUUAACCUCUUCAUUUAGCCCUCAUCUUCCGACGUGAUAACUUGCAAAGUAGGACCUUGGCUUUGCCUUUGUCGAGCUGUUGCUAAAAACUCGGCCCCGGACCCGUGAGGUGCGUGGUGAACUUCGUACUGGUUGCUCAAUGAGUAUCUCGAGCGAGCGCAUAUUUCGGCUAUUCUGUCCAGGUCCGCAUUGAUAUCCGUGGCCUGGCCUUCUUCUUCCAUCUUAUCAAGAAAGCUCCUAAACGUGAAUGCAUCAACAGGUGGCAGCUUUGCCUCCUGAUGGGUGCUAUUAUGUGACGACAUCGUCUUGCCUCGAACUUUUGCCAUGAAUCCCAGCACACUGCCAUGUUUUGGUGAAGUCUUCCGCGGCCGUGGCGCUUUGGUGCCAGUCGCAACGGAUCCCGCUCGAGAUGUCAUUGCUGACACUGCGUGGACGACUAUACCGCCGCCGCCAAUGCUGGUGGAUCGACUAGGUGGUAACGGUGCUUGAUAAUAGCUUCUGACGAUCACGGGUUCUGAGUAUGUGCUAUUUUGGGCACCAGUUGACUUUGCAUAUCGAUGUUUGCUGGGGUAGUUAUGGUUAAUUUGGCGGAGAGCAGAAGUUCGAUGCUCGGCUGUUGAGUCAUCGACUUGUAUCGCUCGUCCUUCUGCGGUAGAUUCUACUAAACUUGUUGCAGAAGCUUCGGAUUGAAAUGGGAGUCGGAAGGAGAAGGGGAAUGAGAUGCGGUUGUUCGUUACUGAAGUUGCAGAGUGCGGGGGAUCUGACGGUUUAACAGCACCGGGAGGCGGGAGUGUGGGCGAGCCCAUCUUUAUUUCGUAGAGGGCGAAUGCGAUGCUUAAAUAGACUAAUAAGAGCGACUAAUCAACUUUGGUGAAUCGCGCAGGUUCUCUGCAUGAAAGGGGAUGCCGAGCAGCAGAAGACGUGGCGCACAAGACGUGGUCGACGGAUAUGCGCAACGCUCUCGACGCAGGGUAUUUAAAAGCCGGGCUUGCAGGAUACGGAAGAGACCGUCCGAGCGCUGCGGGUGAUAGGCAGCGUGGCAGAUAGUUGUCAGAAGAGCAGUUAAAAUGUCGGGUGAAACGAGAUGUGCGGUGCCAAAACAGGUGUCAGGAGAGGAAUGCUGGUGAGCCACGCCUACAAAGGAUGCCAAAUUAAGUGAGGCAAGCCGC